UUUCAGUGAAAGUAUGUGUGGAUAGACGUGGAAAUCUUCUCGGUGUCUAGUGAGCUGUAGGUGCUGCAGGCUGUCAGCGGGCGUCAUCGUUUUUUUGUUUUUUUUUCUGUUGUUGUGACGGCGCAAACCGGUGAAGCGACCUGUGAGUCAGCAGCUGAUCGGGGGUUAAUUUGACCUAACAGACCUAUAUAUCAAAACAUAUAAACAAACGAGCUCUGGUAGAAACAUUUGCACCAGACAACUGCUUGUUUUUUUAUUUUAUUAUUUAACGGAGCCAUUCGGUUUUCAGAGGAAGCAAUGGCAGUCCCGGUAGCUGCCACAUUACAGCUGAGCACAUCAGCAAGCCCGCCGGGUCUGCUGGAGCACAACAUUCACAUCAGAGACAGAGAUUUGGGAGGCAUUUCAAGUAAUAAAGAAAUCGACACGCUGCCUUUGCAUUCUCCGUGGACUUUCUGGCUUGAUAGAUCUCUACCAGGGACAACAGCAGCUGAAUGUGAGUCAAACCUGAAGAAAAUCUACACAGUGGAGACCGUCCAGAACUUCUGGAGAGUUUACAACAACAUACCUGGCGUCUCCAGCUUGCCACUGAGAUGUAGCUAUCAUCUGAUGAGAGGUGAAAGAAAGCCCCUCUGGGAAGAAGAAAGCAACGCUAAAGGUGGUGUUUGGAAAAUGAAAGUGCCAAAAGAGUGCACCUCUGUUGUGUGGAAGGAGUUGCUAUUGGCUACGAUUGGAGAACAGUUCAGUGAUUUUUGUGCCUCAGAUGAUGAAGUGGUUGGCGUCAGCGUCAGUGUACGAGACAGAGAAGAUGUCUUUCAGGUCUGGAAUGGAAAUGCUUUGUGUGCCAAUGAGUCAAAAAUCUUAGGAAGAAUCAAUGAGCUCUUGCCACAAAUACCCUUCAAAGCAGUGUUUUACAAACCACACGAGGAGCACCAUGCUUUUGAAGGAGGACGUUCAAGACAUUAGCACAUUUUGCACAUCAGACCCUUGAGAUAUUAAUUUUGUUGUUGUUGUUGUUGUUGUUGCUUAUGUUUUAGACCAUAAUAUUUGGGCAAAUUUUGAAGCAUUUGGGUUGAAGCUCAUAGUUCUCAAUGUUAUCAUCUUAAUUACCUCAAAAUGUAGCCCAUGUAUUAUGACUUGCAAAUUGAUGGAAUUCCCCAUCUCCUGAGCACUACUGUCACUCAAAAAUAUCCAAAAUACUUUUUUUUUGUUUUAGCCGAAAGCAAAAACCAUCACCAGUUUCAUUUUAUUAUCUAUGGCAGUGUUUGUAUGUUUUUAUACUGCAACAUUUUGCAAAAACCGUAACCAAAAACCAGUAGAUCAUGUACAGUCAAAUGUUUUUAGAUGUAUUAUAGCAUAUUUUGUGCAGUUUCCUGAGCACAAACAAAGCUAGGUCUUUAAGUUAAAUCUCUUUUUUUUUAAUCUUGAGAGGCCUAGGUCCACAAAUCAAACCUUUAACAAUACAUGACAACGCUUUUCUAGUCAGUUCUUUAUUCUCUGUUUUGUAUGUCAUAGCCAAAAUACAGUUGCCUAUCCUGGAGAAUGUUAGUAUGCUGUAACGCUAGUAUUUGAGCAGAAAAUUGCACAUUCUUUUUUUAUUUACUUCUUUAGGAUAUAAAUGGAUUGUGAAAAGAAAAUGUUACAUGUUACAAUAAAAUGACCUCAGUACAUAAAACAUUAGUGAGUAGAUACUGAGAAAUAUAUGCAAUCAUUUCCAUUAUGUUGAAUUUUGCAGCAAAUUUGCAGUCUUGUGGUUGUAAUUCUGUUGAAGCUUCUGCCCUAAAUCGAGCACUUUGUUUCUUACAUCUAAGACAUCAGACAGUCCCUCCAGGGUUACACAGAAAUUGUGACCACUGAGACCAAAUAGCCUUUGGUUUUGUGUCACCUUUUCUGAUGAAGUCUAACGCUGUUUUUAUUUUUAUUUGUUUUGUAAGGGGGCUUUCUCUGUCAGCUUUUAAUAGAAACAUCUGAGACGUGUGAAUGGCAAAGUUGAAAUGACGUGUUUUUUUUUUUAUACGAUCAUAAAACCUGUGUUAGAAUUCAAACUUGUGAAACCUUCACCUUUGUAUAGCAGAUAAUAUUGGCCCCAGAAUAAAUGAGCAAACACAUGACACAGAAAUCUGUCACACUGGUACAAAAAAAGAAAGUUGUUGAUCUAAAUCUCACAUUAUUUUAAGGCUGCGGUAUGGCAGUUAUAGUGUAAUAUUACAAAUCAGUGGUGUUGAUGAAGU